UGAUCUGAUCUGAAUUUUUCUGAUCUGAUCUGAUCUGAAUAAAAUAAGAAUAAGCAAUAAGUAAUAAGAAUAAGACGAAAAACACCUAAUUGUGUAAAACAGUCCAAGCUUUUUAUUUUUUUUAAAGUAAUGUAAGAAAAAGAAUCGCAGCGGCCAAGCCAAAGACGGGCAUCACCGCAUGACCGCAUCCAUCACUGCGAUUCAACCUGACGCACUCACGCACGUCUCAGCGGCUCAGCCAGCACCGCCGAAUCGCUGGACGUCUCCGACUCGCCGUCUACUCGCCGACUGCUCUCUUCCUCUCUCUUGAGUGCUUGGCUGGUGCCUUCUUCUCUAUUGGACUACAUUCUCGACACAGUCAAUUUGGCGUUUCUCCUCUCUUCAAGCUCACUGCUUCUUCUCGUUUGCGCCGGCCAAGGGUAAACAUCUGUACUGGCUACGCCCCUGCUCGAAGCCAUGGGAGAACCGGUGAAAGGGACGGUGACAUCACUCUCCUCACUAAUUCCGGUGGAUGAAGCUCAGAAAGCAUUGCAGCGUGUGCACGAAGCCGUCGCCGAGCGGCGGAAACAGAUGGAUCAGCUAAACGGCUUCGUCGCUGAAAACAGAAGCCUCAUCGAUCUUGUUCAGCGUCUUCCCGACAAACUCCACCACGACAUCAUGGUUCCGUUUGGGAAGGCUGCAUUUUUCCCUGGCCGAUUGAUUCAUACCAAUGAAUUUAUGGUACUCUUGGGAGAGGGUUAUUAUGCUGAAAGAUCAUCCAAACAGACCUCUGAAAUUUUGACCAGAAGGGGUAAGGAUUUGGAGUCCCAAGUUCAACAUCUAAAAGCUGUAAUGCAGGACCUUGAGGCUGAAGCUUCAUUUUUUGAUAAAACGGCUUCAGAGUCAGCGGAAGGUCUUGUAGAGAUCAGGGAAGACAUUGUUGAGGAAUCUUCUUAUAGAAAGCCAGCCACACCAGGGGUCUCAAACAUGGACUCUAGUAGUUUUCCUAAAGAAGAAGAUGCUACACAAAAAUUUAAAGACGAAGAAUAUGCUCAAAUAUUAGCUCGGAUUGCUGAACUUGAGAAAGAAGAGGAAGAAGCUGAAAAGGCCAAUGAAAUUAGUGAGGAUGAAUCUGGAGAAGCCAUCCAAAUGGGAAAUUCAGAGGUGUGUGGUUUGAGUAACAUGACAAAAGCAGUAACUUCUUUAAGAACAGAGUCAAAUGAAGUUAUAAUGGCAGCUUCAAGAAAUCAUGAUCUUUCGAAAGCAGAAGGUUCAAAUGGACAAGCUCAACUACCUAAAGGUGAGUACUUUCAUGAAGAAUGCUUGCCAUUUUGUCAAACAAGCUCAACUAGUGUUGCUCCAAAGCUUCCUGUACUGAAGGACAAUAUAGCUGUGUUGGAAAGCAAGCAGGCGGCAGUAAACAGAACUGAAGAACACUUUGAUGCUAGCAAGGUAUGUCCACUGACUCGCGCAAGACCUUUUCUGAUAUUAGUAUUAAUUGAUUAUUUGAUUAUAUACUCAUGGUCUGUAUAUGAGCUGAGAGUGUUAAUGUGCAGGCUUUUACUGGUUCUAUCGUGGAACAUUCGCCCAACAUUGAUAUGCAACCUAGUGUUGGUCGUGCCUCAAAGCCAGUAUCUAGAUUCAAGAUGCAGAGGAAGUGACUAUGGGAGUUUGGGCAUAUGAGUAGUUUAUUUAACCUCCCACACAGUGGAGGAGCUAGGGAGGGGCAUGAGGGGGCAAGCGCCCCCGCUUCGGGCAAUUGUUUUUAGUACUAUUAGUUAUAAUAUAUUUAAUGCCCCUCGAUUUUUUUUCAAAAUAAAUAUCAAUUAAGGAUAAUUUUAGAUUAAGUGUUGAAAUAAAAGGCAAAGUCUUUUGGUAAAUGUACGUGUCUCUAGAAAUACAAGUAUUGGUUGCAGCAUACCACAGUCACUUGAAUGCAAAUGUGGAUUGUUGUAGACAUUUAAUGACACAUGAGUUGGCUUUUCGUGGUUAUAGUGAGCAAGAAAGUGUUGAUUUUGACGAAUAUGUUGUCACAAUUCUUGUAACAAAGAUAUCAAAACAUUCUUGAGACUUUGUUGGAUUCCCUCCUUAGUGGAGAAAUUCAUGAUUGUUUUAGAAUUUUUAGAGA